AUGGUCAAGGAGCUAGGUCACAUGGUCAAGGAGCUAGGUCACAUGGUCAAGGAGCUAGGUCACAUGGUCAAGGAGCUAGGUCACAUGGUCAAGGAGCUAGGUCACAUGGUCAAGGAGCUAGGUCACAUGGUCAAGGAGCUAGGUCACAUGGUCAAGGAGCUAGGGCUCCCCCUAUUUGUGUCUGCGGGGAGGGACAGAGACUGUCUACAGGCUGGGGACACCUGCUCCAGUGAUGAUGGGUGCAGCCCUCGUCUGCGGACGCUGAGACAGUGUGUGGCGGGGGACGGCAGUGUGAAGCUGGGCCCUGGGGCCAGGAACCAGUGUGAGAACGCAGUCACGGCCCUGCUGUCCUCCCCGCUGCACGGCUGCCAGUGUAAACGAGGCAUGAAGAGAGAGAAGAACUGCCUCAGUAUCUAUUGGAGCCUGCACCAGUCUGUCCUGCAUGGACUGAGUCUGGUGGAGAGUUACCCGUACGAACCAGAGGAGAGGGGCUUCGACUACGUACGCCUGGCCUACAUGGCUGCAGUAGAUGAGGUGGGCAUAACGACGUUGAACCGUUGUCUGGACGCGGCGAAGGCGUGUAACGUGGACGAGACGUGUCAGAAACUCCGUACGGAAUACGUCUCGGCCUGCAUCCAGCCGUCGGCCCGCUCAGGCCCUUGUAACAGAGCCAGGUGUAACAAGGCUCUCAGGAAGUUCUUCGACCGGGUCCCUCCUGACUACACCCACCAGCUGCUGUUCUGCCCCUGCACAGACAUGGCGUGCGCUGAGAGACGGAGACAGACCAUCAUACCAGCCUGCUCCUACGAGGACCAAGACAAACCCAACUGUCUGGCUGCACUGCGCAUCUGUAGGAACGACUACGUAUGCAGGUCCCGCUGGGCCCAGUUCCAGUAUGACUGCCAGCCCUCAGAGCACGUUGCCAGCGGUUGCAAGCAGGACAACUACGCAGUCUGUCUCCUUGCCUACACCGGCCUCAUAGGAAGUACGAUAACGCCUAACUACCUGGAUAACUCGACGUCUAAUGUGGGUCCGUGGUGUUCGUGCUCUGCCUCCGGGAACCACCGGGAGCAGUGCGAUGACUUCCUGGAAUAUUUCCAUGACAACAUCUGCCUGAGGAAAGCCAUGCUAGCGUUUGGGAAUGGGACAGACACGCAGUUCUCCGCAGGAGCAGCAAGCCAACCAGACAUGCCCGGCCCGGCUCACACUACCCUCAACAACCACAUCCAGCGCCUGGCAACCACCGUCUCUGGCAUCACCAUGGAAACUGAACUUAACGUCUUGGGAGCACAGAUGCCCACUCAGGUGAAUGACAAGGAUAGACUUUGGGGUGAUGAUGGUGAAGACUCGACCCUGCUGGAGCUAUUAGACCAUGGAGCCCCUCCACUCCACCUGUCUGCCCUAGGCUGGACCAUUCCCCUGGGUCUCUCCCUGCUGCUGUGCUACCAGUAGUCUGGCCUGGCCCUGGGGCUCCAUAGACUACACUACACACUGAUCGAAACUGGGGGUGGAGAGAGAGAGAAACACAGAGAGAGAGAGAGAGAGAGAGAGAGAGAGAGAGAGAGAGAGAGAGAGAGAGAGAGAGGAUGUAUGUACAAUGCCUUCAGGAAGUAUGCAUAUCCUUUGACCACAUUUUGUGUUACAGCCUGAAUUAAAAAAUAAUUCUCACCCAUCUUGACACAAUACCCCAUAAUGACAAAGUGAACACAUCUGGAUUUGGUGAUUUUCUACCAUUCUUCCCUGCAGAUCUUUUCUAGCUCCAUUACGUUAGAUGGGGAGAGGCAGUGAACAGCAAGCUUGAUUUUUUCCAUAGAUUGUCAAUGGGAUUCAAGUCUGGGCUUUGGCCACUCAAGGACUUUCACAUUCUUGUUUGAAGCAAUUCCAGCAAUGCUUUGGCUGUUUGCUUGGGGUCAUUGUCCUGUUAGGAUGUAAAUCUUCACCCCAGUCUAAGGUCGUUUGCGCUCU